AUGGAUUCAAUACUGGAUUUCUCUAAGGAGUUGGAUAUCCAACUUUUGGAUCAAAUUGUCGACACUUUCUAUAAGGGAUCGGGUCAUCAACAGAAGCAAGCGCAAGAAACGUUGACCAAAUUUCAAGACCAUCCAGAUUCAUGGCAGCGUGCAGACAAGAUUUUGCAAUUUUCGAAUAACUAUCAAACGAAGUUCAUUGGACUGUCAAUUUUAGAUAAAAUGAUUUCUACGAAAUGGAAGAUGCUUCCUCAAGAACAUAGGAUAGGCAUUCGUAAUUUUGUUGUUGGUAUGAUUAUUAGUUUGUGUCAAGACGAUUCUGUUUUCCAAACACACAAGAACUUAAUUAAUAAAUCGGAUUUGACAUUGGUACAAAUUUUGAAGCAGGAAUGGCCUCAGAACUGGCCUGACUUUAUUCCAGAACUAGUCAGUAGUUCGCAGAGCUCAAUCAAUGUUUGUGAAAACAACAUGGUCAUUUUAAAGUUGCUAUCGGAGGAAGUGUUUGACUUCUCAGCGGAACAAAUGACACAGGCUAAAGCGCUGCAUUUGAGGAAUUCUAUGUCUCAAGAAUUUGAGCAAAUUUUUAAGCUAUGCUAUCAAGUGCUUGAUUCGGGUUCAUCGACCUCAUUGCUUGUGUCAGCCUUGCAAUUGUUGUUGAGGUACUUACAUUGGAUUCCCUACAAUUACAUUUACAAUACUAACUUGUUAAACUUGUUAAGCACGAAGUUUUUAGUUUCACCAGAUACUAGGGCUGUGACACUAAAGUGCUUAACAGAAGUUUCCCAAUUAGUAAUUCCAAAAGAUGAUGCAAACAUUAAACAACAAACUGUUGUUUUCUUUCAAAACGCUUUGCAACAAAUUGCAACUAAUGUCAUUCCUGUCACGGCCGACUUAAAGAGUACCUAUACUACUGCGAGCAGCAAAGAUCAAUCCUUCUUGCAGGAUUUUGCAAUGCUUCUAACAACUUAUUUAGCUCGUCACCGUGUUAUUCUUGAGUCCGAUGAGUCCCUGAGAGAAUUACUAUUAACUGCUCAUCAAUAUUUGAUCCAGUUAUCUAAAAUUGAUGAGCGAGAAUUGUUCAAGACGAUAUUGGACUAUUGGCAUAAGUUGGUUUCAGCAUUAUAUCAGGAAAUUCAGGUUGUACCAUAUAGUGAAAUGAAUCCGCUAAUGCAAUUAUCAUUGGAUGUAAGUGCAUCUACAGGAGGUGCUCCAAAUCCUCAUGUUUUGAAAAAAUUCCCAUUGAAGAAACACAUGUAUGACAAUAUAUGUUCACAAUUUAGAUGGGUUAUCAUUGAAUCCAUGGUUAGGCCAGAGGAGGUUUUAAUUAUGCAGAAUGAUGAAGGUGAAAUUGUAAGAGAGUUUGUGAAAGAAUCGGAUACUAUUCAAUUGUACAAAUCUCAGAGAGAGGUUCUGGUCUACUUAACACAUUUAGAUGUCGUGGAUACCGAGGAGAUUAUGUUGGAUAAACUUGCUAGACAGAUAGAUGGUUCUGAAUGGUCUUGGCACAAUAUCAACACCUUGUGUUGGGCAAUUGGUUCCAUUAGUGGUACCAUGAACGAAGAAACUGAAAAAAGAUUUGUCGUGACCGUUAUCAAAGACUUGUUAGCGUUAACCGAGCAGAAGCGUGGUAAAGACAAUAAGGCGGUCGUUGCAUCUAACAUAAUGUAUGUUGUCGGUCAAUACCCACGGUUUUUGAAAGCGCACUGGAAGUUUUUGAAGACUGUCGUUUUGAAGUUAUUUGAAUUUAUGCAUGAAACCCAUGAAGGUGUUCAGGAUAUGGCCUGUGAUACUUUCAUUAAGAUUGUUCAGAAGUGUAAACACCAUUUCGUUAUACAACAACCAACUGAGCAAGAACCAUUUAUCCGCUUUAUCAUUAGGGAUAUACAGAAAACUACUGAGGACUUGCAGCCACAGCAGGUCCACACAUUCUAUAAAGCUUGUGGCAUAAUCAUUUCAGAUGAAAAGAAUCCUGUUGAAAAGGAGAAGUUGCUACGUGAAUUGAUGCACUUGCCCAACAUGGCAUGGGAUACGAUCGUUUCGCAAUCAGCUGCUAACCCAGACUUGUUGGUAGAUCCGGAAACAGUGAAAAUUAUUGCCAAUAUCAUUAAGACUAAUGUUAGUGUCUGUUCCUCUACCCAGGCAGGUUUCUAUUCCCAAUUAGGUCAUAUCUACUAUAAUAUGUUGCAACUGUACAGAGCAGUCUCGUCAAUGAUUUCUGCUCAAGUUGCAAAAGAAGGACUGAUCGCUACAAAGACUCCCAAAGUUCGUGGAUUGAGAACUAUCAAAAAGGAGGUUUUAAAAUUGGUUGAAAUAUAUAUAUCGCAUGCUAAGAACCUUGAGGAAGUUGUCAAGGACUUAGUUCAACCAUUAUUGAAUGCGGUUUUGGAAGACUAUAUGAAUAAUGUACCUGAUGCUCGUGACGCUGAAGUCUUGAACUGUAUGACUACGGUUGUCAGCAAAGUUGGGCACAUGAUCCCAGAAGGUGUAAUUUUGAUUCUGCAAAGUGUUUUCGAAUGUACUUUGGACAUGAUCAAUAAGGAUUUCACGGAAUAUCCUGAGCACCGUGUUGAGUUCUAUAAAUUAUUAAAAGAAAUUAACUCGAAGUCAUUCAAUGCAUUGUUGCAGUUGCCACCAGCUGCAUUCAAGUUAUUUGUAGAUGCAGUUUGUUGGGCCUUUAAGCACAAUAAUAGGGACGUUGAAGUUAACGGGCUCCAAAUCGCCGUUGAUUUGAUUAAAAAUAUUGACAAGAUCAGUCCAUCCCAGUUUUCCAAUGCCUUUUAUGAAAACUUUUACUUUACUUUUGUUAGUGAAGCAUUCUACGUCCUCACCGAUUCAGACCACAAAUCUGGUUUCUCUAAGCAGUCUUUGUUGUUGAUGAAACUAAUUUCAUUGGUGCAAGACAAUAAGAUACCAGUACUACUAUACAAACCCGGUGAGGCUCCUGAAGGCACUACUAACCAAGUAUACUUGGCCAACUACAUGGCUACAAUGCUAAGCGGUGCUUUCCCUCACUUGACACAGGAACAAGUAGCCGGAUUUAUAAAUGCUUUGGUGAAACAGUACCAAGAACCAAUUAAAUUUUCCGGUACCCUUAGAGAUUUCUUGGUUCAAAUUAAAGAAUACGGUGGUGAUGCAACUGACUACUUGUUCGCUGAAGACAAGGAAAAAGCACUAGCAGAAAAGACUAAAUUGGAACAAGAGAAGGCAUCUAAGGUGGGUGGUUUAUUAAAGCCAUCAGAAUUAGAGGAUUAA